ACAACAAACGCUGCAGUGGCAGAGCGAGGUCGAUGGCGCCUUCGCCUUUCGGCCCCUUUAAAACUGUGCAGCUUUAGCGGUGGGAUUAUUGGCGCUUCGUCGACAAAUCGGCGGAGCGAGAAGGGACGAGCAGCUCGAGAGAAAGAGAGAGGGACGGCGAGGGGGAAGGGGUGGCGGGAAGAAGGAGGGGGGGGGGGGAAGAAGUCGAACCGGACGACUGGAGGAAUCAUGGCGGCACCGCUCGGACGGGACACCCUACCUGACCACUGGUCCUACGGAGUUUGUAGGGAUGGCCGGGUGUUUUUUAUCAAUGACAAAACUCGCAGUACCACUUGGCUUCACCCGCGAACUGGCGAACCUGUUAAUUCCGGACACAUGAUACGUUCAGAUUUGCCGAGAGGAUGGGAAGAGGGAUUCACGGACGAAGGAGCCAGCUACUUCAUCAACCACAACGUGAGGUGUACAUCAUUUCGGCACCCUGUUACCGGGCAGAUUUCACCAGAAAACACGGAAUACACGCUACAGGACAAGAUCGAGUCCCGCAUGUCCAAUCACCGAUCACCCAGAAUGGUCACAGAGUCCUCCAAGAAUGUGACCACAGCAGCAAUGGAUUCCACUUCGGCGUCAAAGGGAUCAAGAGGUUCGAGUAAAUGUCAUAGUUUUGGCAAGAGGGAUCAAGCCAUUAAACGAAACCUCAACAUCCCGGUGGUGGUGAGGGGCUGGCUCUAUAAACAGGACAGCUCUGGAAUGCGACUCUGGAAACGAAAGUGGUUUGUUUUGUCCGACUUCUGCUUGUUUUACUACAAAGACAGCCGCGAAGAGACGGUCCUUGGUAGCAUUCCUCUGCCCAGCUAUCUCAUUGCACCAGUUGCACCUGAGGACCAUGUCAACCGCAAAUAUGCUUUCAAGGCGAGCCACACGGGAAUGCGCUCCUACAUCUACAAUAAGAACUCUGUGAUUGGCUCACAGGCGGAACACUGCGGGAUGCGGACGUAUUUCUUCAGCGCAGACACACAGGAGGACAUGAACGGCUGGAUACGGGCCAUGAACCAGGCGGCGCUGAUGCAGCAGACUCACACCAUUAAGAGAGAAAUAGAGAGGCCGGAGAAAAGCAUACAGCAGGCGCUUGCGCAGACCAACCAUGUCAAGCAGACCACACCUCAGUCAGAAACAUUUCCAAGAACGGACAGAGAGCACCCCAGUAGUGAUGGUGUACGACUGGCUCUCGGAGAAGAAGGGAGGUACACGUUGGAGGUCCAAGGAAGGCCCAGGUUGUCGGAUCCAAGGGAGAGACUCUCUCCAAACUCCGUGGAUGUUGGCCCAUUAAGGAACGGCCACCUGAGUGUCCAGCCAGGGCCUUUGCCAUCGGAACAGCACAAUGGAAACCUCUUGUAUCAGCGAGGGGCUGACACAGAGAAACAUGCACAAAGGAAGAGUACGCUGGCUCAAGUGGAGCACUGGGUUAAAGUUCAAAAGGGUGACCCGCCAAAGAGCGUUGCCUCUGCCGAGCACAACCUCCCUCGGCGAACUCCCCUCUUACAGCCCAAAGUCAGCACAGCAGACACGUCCUGCCAGUCACUGCCAAAGUCCCCUUGCCUCCCGUCCAGCAGCAACUCUCCCUCCUUCAACCUGCCUAGCGACUACAAGUAUGCCCACGACCGACUGAGCCACUUCCGCAUGUCCACGGACGAGCGCAUGGCCACAAAGGAGGGGAUGGUGUGGCAGCUGUAUGAGUGGCAGCAGAGGCAACAGUUUCGACACGGCAGUCCCACGGCACCCGUGUACACUGGGCCCAACUUCACUGACUCCUCAUCUUUCACAGUCACUGUGGAGAUGCCCCGCUCCAUCUCUGUGCCGCCGUCCCCUUGUGAGGUCCCGCCAUCCAUCUCACCGCCCUUCAAGCCGCUGUCCCCCCGUAGGCCACACACACCUUCGGGCAGACGGACAGUCAUGCCGCUUGAUGAUUUGUCAAGUGUGGACAACACUGGAGCAACCUCCCCGGGCCACAUCUUUACUCGCCUCUCACAGACCUCCCAAAUGGCGAGACGGUCGAUGCCAGCUAUGGGCUACAUCACACAUACCGUCAGCGCACCCAGCCUGCAUGGCAAAACGCCCGAGGAGCUGACUCUGCUCCUCAUUCAGCUGCGGCGGCACCAGGCCAAGAUGGCUGGCGUGCAAAGCCCCGCCGCUUCUGCGGCUGGUGGUGUGGGCGCGUUGGCUCAUCUGCGACAUCAGCAGCACAACGGCCUCCUAGGCCCCAGCUUGCAGGCUGACGAUACUUACAUACAACUGAAGAAGGACCUGGAGUAUCUCGAUCUGAAGGUUACUGGACGGGAAAGUCUCCGAACAGAAGCACAGAGGCCGGUGAAAAUAGCUGAAAGUGAUGCUGAUGUGAAAUUAAGCCGACUGUGUGAGCAAGACAAGAUUCUACAGGAGCUAGAGGCCAAGAUACGCACAUUGAAGGAAGAUAAGGACAAGCUGGAGUCGGUGUUGGAUGUGUCCCACCAGCAGAUGGAGCAGUACAGAGAUCAGCCAGCCCACAUAGAGAAAAUUGCCUACCAGCAGAAACUACUGCAGGAGGAUGUGGUGCACAUCAGGGCGGAAAUAUCCAAAGUGUCCACAGAGAUGGAGAAUGCAUGGAAAGAGUACAUCAGGCUGGAGAAAGAUGUAGACUGGCUCAGAGCAGCCCUGCAAGGACACAUGACUCGCACUGACCUAUCUCAGCAAGAGAAAGUCCAGAUGAGGAAAGAGCUUUGGAGAAUUGAGGAUGUUAUCGCAGGCCUCAGCAGCAGUAAAGACAACUACAAAGUCACUAUUUCCUCUGUGACCAACCCGGAGAGGAAAUUUGUGCCUUCCAUGUCGACGUCGUCAGUGCCUUCGAUGUCUGGAAGCCCGCCUUCUAUGGAGAUGAGAUUGUCCCAGCUGCAGCACAGUCCCCACCUCAGUCCUAAUAGCCACAAUGCACCAACCCUCACGCUAUCCUCCAGCCACAGCCAACAGCCGCUUCACUCCACAACCAACACUACUGGGCAUACAUGGGACGAAGAAGAUGUGCCUCCCAGACCGCCUCUACCUCAAGUCUACAGUCCUGAUGAGCAUCCCCCCGCUGUGCCCCCUUUGCCCAGGGAGACGACAGUCAUCAGGCACACUUCAGUACGCGGACUCAAACGACAGUCUGAUGAACGAAAGCGAGAUCGAGAGAUAGGCCAAAAUGGAGACAUUAAGGUGGAGCUCAGGCCUUUCCUGAGCGAUCCUGAGCUUCUGGGUGUGGGAGAUGGCUCUAGCGUCGCCGGCAUGACCUCAUCAGGACACGGCGCAGGUUAUCAGACUUUACCUACCAGAGGAAUAGCCGGCUCCUCCCUCAGGCUGAAUCACUCCUCAAGCAUCUCAUCUUACGUGACCUUACGGAGAGCGACAUCAGCUCCCGGUGUGAAGGAGAGAUCGAAAAGUGCCUUGGAGCGUCUCUACUCAGCGGAGGCGGCGCCUCAGCGCGGGAGGAUGAGCGCCGACGAGCAGCUGGAGAGGAUGAAGAGGCACCAGAAGGCUCUGGUGCGACAGCGCAAGCGCACCUUGAGCCACGGGGACUGCCACGCCUCCACAUCGUCACGCUCCUCCUCCUCAUCCUCACGCCCUCUCUCGGCUGACUUUGGAUCUUGGAGGAGAGAGCAGGAGUUUGACCUGCAGCUGCUGGAAAGGGCCGUGCAGGGCGAGGAGGCUCAGGUCGUGAGGAGCGUCCAGGGGGAGGAGAGACCCCCAGAGCACAAAGAGAGACCCCGUUCACACUCCGACGAUUGGCUGAGCUUCAGCUCUGCAACCGGGACUCCUCAGAACCAUGACGGCCUGGAAACAUCAGAUUAUGAUGCAGAUUUAAUCAAAGAGCUUUCAAAGCCUCAGAAAGUUUUGAUUCCCGAGCGAUAUGUGGAUUUAGAGCCACAAGAACCUCUGAGUCCUCAGGAGAUGGAGGACCGUCAUCGGAAGGUGGAAAGGAUCAAGAGCAUCUUGGCAAAAUCCAGCGUUCAAAAGCUGGCUCCAGCAGUAUGUGCAGCAGACAAGUCUGAGGUGAGCCCGCUGGGGCUGGACUCGGUUCUCCAGGAGCAGGAAAGGAUCAUCACCAUGUCCUACAUGCUGGCCUCAGAGGCCUCCCUCAAGAGCAAACGAGUCACAGUUCCAUCACAGGCUAACAGUCCCGUCCCACCUGCUCCGCCUCCCCCUCCACCUCUUCCUCCUCCUCCUCCCCCUCCUCCUCUUCCUCCCGUAUCCGUGGCGCCUUCCUCCUCCUCUCCUCUAAGCAACGGAAUUCACUACACGUUUGUGUAACACAAGGGAAAAAAAAACACAAGCAAUUUCUGGACACUGAGGUCCUCUCUGACAAUGGCAACAAACGGCAGGAUUGUCCAAGAGAAGAAGCUUUUAAGUGAUCCUCAAUAUAUUUAUGCACCUCACUAUCUGAAUGUAGAAUGCAUUUCACCUUCUCAUGCAACAUCAACAACCUCUGAAUGGAUUUUUCUUUUGUUUCGAAGAGGAAUCUGCAGCACCGAACUCUUGGAAAAAUCUAUAUUUUCUAUAUACGCUAUUGCACUUUGAGCUGUACGCUGUAAAGAGAACUGAAAUAUUUUUUAGGUGGCUACUUUUCUUGUUUGUCCAUGUACAUAAUGUCAAAAAAACAAGUGGGACUGAAUCUGUCAUAGUUGUAGAUUUUUAUCACGAAGAAAGAUGAUUUUAUUUGGGGGGCGGGCGGGGUGAUUUUCAAACAAUAUCAUGUACAUAUAUGCCACAUAACACUGAUCGUCUUCUGUUAGCUUUUAUUUUUGCUUCCAUCCAGAUGGAAUAACAUUUCACAUAUUUUGCGUGGGACUGUGAAGGUCGCACGAGUGCCGUUCAUUCAAAUGUGAAGAUUAAAUGCCAUCGACAAA